GCCGCUCUUGGCGUUGGCGGCCUCCCCAUGGCCGGGCCCCGGCGGUGAAGGCAGCGGGAGCCGCCUGUGUCCGUGUCUCGCCGGGGAGGCAGCUCAGCCGCCAGGGGGCGGGGAGAGGGAUGUGCGCGGCCGCCUCCGCCGCAGGAGCCGCCGCCGCCACCGAGACGGGGGCCGAGGGCGGCUUCUUCUCCUCCUGCUCCUCUUCCCGCGGGUCCUGCCCGGCGGGGGCCGUGGGGUCCGAGGCGGGCUCAGCCAUGGGGCUCGGGGCGCUGCCCGGGGCGGCGGGGCCGCCACCUCCGGGCUGCAGGGACCGCUACCAGCUGCUGCUCUCGGGCCGGGCCCUGGCAGACACAUACCGGAAGAUUUACACGGCGGCGCUGAGCGACAGGGAUCCGGGAAGCCACGCGAGCAGGAGUAAGAAAAUCUUAAGCAAGAAAAAACUGAAAAGGAAACAGAAGACUAAAUUGAAAGUGAAAACACGAAACAAGACAGAAAACUUGGAGAGUACAAUAACCAUACCGGAUAUCAAAUUACACAGCAACCCUUCAGCUUUUAAUGUUUACUGCAAUGUCCGCCAUUGUGUUUUGGAGUGGCAGAAAAAAGAAGCAUCCUUAACUUUGGCUUCAAAGAACACUGUGCAGAGUGGGGAUUCAGAUAGUGAUGAAGAGGAGGAGUCCAAAGAGCCACCCCUCAAGCUUCCAAAGAUCAUUGAAGUUGGACUAUGUGAAGUUUUUGAAUUGAUCAAGGAGACAAGAUUUUCUCAUCCAUCACUGUGUCUCAGGAGUCUGCAAGCUCUGCUUAAUGUGCUCCAGGGCCAGCAGCCAGAAGGCCUCCAGUCAGAGCCUCCUGAAGUUCUAGAGUCUCUCUUCCAGCUUCUUCUGGAAAUAACUGUUCGUAGUACUGGAGUGAAUGACAGUACUGGACAAUCCUUGACAGCACUUUCUUGCGCUUGCCUGUUCAGUUUGGUAGCUGCCUGGGGAGAAACAGGAAGAACACUGCAGGCAGUCUCUGCUAUUCUCACCAAUAAUGGCAGUCAUGCUUGUCAGACUAUUCAGGUGCCAACUAUCUUAAAUUCUCUUCAGCGGAGUGUACAGGCAGUUCUGGUGGGCAAAAUCCAAAUCCAGGACUGGUUCAGUAAUGGGAUAAAGAAAGCAGCCCUGAUGCACAAAUGGCCACUGAAAGAAAUUUCUGUAGAUGAAGAUGACCAUUGUCUGCUUCAGAAUGAUGGUUUCUUCCUGUACCUUUUAUGCAAAGAUGGACUUUACAAAAUCGGCUCUGGCUACAGUGGGACAGUGAGGGGUCAUAUAUACAAUUCUACAUCCCGCAUCAAAAACAGAAAAGAAAAAAAGUCUUGGUUAGGGUAUGCUCAGAGUUAUUUGUUGUAUAGAGAUGUGAACAAUCACAGUACGACAGCCAUAAGAAUAAACCCUGAAACCUUGGAACAAGAUGGAACAGUCACUUUACCAGAUUGCCACACGGAAGGGCAGAACAUCCUUUUCACCGAUGGAGAGUACAUUAAUCAGAUAGCAGCUUCUAGAGAUGAUGGCUUUGUAGUUCGAAUAUUUGCAACAAGUACGGAACCAGUAUUGCAACAAGAACUGCAGCUUAAACUUGCUAGGAAGUGCUUACAUGCCUGUGGUAUCUCAUUAUUUGAUCUGGAGAAAGACUUGCACAUUAUCAGUACAGGGUUCGAUGAAGAAUCAGCUGUUCUUGGUGCAGGAAGAGAAUUUGCACUAAUGAAAACUGCUAGUGGAAAGAUUUAUUACACUGGCAAAUAUCAGAGCCUGGGAAUCAAACAAGGUGGUCCUUCAGCAGGAAAAUGGGUUGAGCUGCCUAUCACGAAAUCUCCAAAGAUUAUCCAGUUCUCAGUCGGACAUGAUGGUUCGCAUGCCUUACUUGUUGCAGAGGAUGGAAGUAUAUUCUUUACAGGCUCUGCUAGUAAAGGAGAGGAUGGUGAAUCAACUAAAAGCAGACGUCAGUCAAAACCCUAUAAGCCUAAAAAGAUCAUUAAAAUGGAAGGAAAGAUUGUCGUAUAUACAGCAUGCAAUAAUGGGAGCAGUUCUGUCAUUUCAAAAGAUGGAGAACUCUAUAUGUUUGGAAAAGAUGCCAUUUACUCUGACAACACAAGUUUAGUAACAGAUCUGAAAGGCCAUUUUGUGACUCAGGUAGCUAUGGGCAAAGCUCAUACAUGUGUGCUAAUGAAGAAUGGAGAGAUUUGGACAUUUGGUGUGAAUAAUAAAGGACAGUGUGGACGAGACACAGGCUCCAUGAGCCAGGGAGGAAAAGGUUUUGUAGUUGAGAACAUGGCAACAGCAAUGGAUGAAGACUUAGAAGAAGAACUGGAUGAAAAAGAUGAGAAGUCCAUGAUGUGUCCUCCAGGCAUGCAUAAAUGGAAGCUGGAGCAGUGCAUGGUAUGCACUGUGUGUGGGGACUGUACAGGCUAUGGAGCCAGCUGUGUUAGUAGUGGGCGUCCAGACAGGGUACCUGGAGGAAUAUGUGGCUGUGGCUCUGGUGAGUCUGGCUGUGCUGCAUGUGGUUGUUGCAAGGCCUGUGCUAGAGAGCUGGAUGGUCAAGAGGCAAGGCAAAGAGGAAUUCUUGAUGCUGUGAAAGAGAUGAUACCUUUAGAUCUCCUACUAGCUGUCCCUGUUCCUGGGGUUAAUAUUGAAGAGCACCUUCAGCUACGGCAAGAGGAAAAGCGGCAGCGUGUAAACAGGAGGCAUAGAUUGGAGGAAGGGAGAGGCCCCCUUGUAUUUCCUGGUCCUAUUUUUAUGAAUCAUCGAGAGCAGGCUCUAGCCAGAAUCAGACCCCAUCCAGCACAGCUAAAGCAUAAGCGGGACAAGCACAAAGACGGAAGUGGAGAAAGGGGUGAGAAGGAUGCCAGCAAAAUCACAACCUAUCCUCCAGGGGCUGUCCAUUUUGACUGUGAACUCCGGGCAGUACAAGUCAGUUGUGGGUUUCACCAUUCAGUGGUUUUGAUGGAGAAUGGUGAUGUUUACACAUUUGGAUAUGGGCAGCAUGGGCAGCUGGGACAUGGAGACGUUAAUUGCAGGGGAUGUCCCACUCUGGUACAGGCAUUACCAGGUCCUAGCACGCAAGUUACUGCAGGAAGCAACCAUACAGCCAUUCUCUUAAUGGAUGGACAGGUCUUCACAUUUGGAAGUUUCUCUAAGGGACAGCUUGGCAGACCAAUUUUGGAUAUGCCUUACUGGAAUGCAAAGCCAGCACCUAUGCCUAAUAUUGGAUCUAAAUAUGGACGCAAAGCUACUUGGAUUGGAGCAAGUGGAGAUCAGACUUUUCUUCGGAUUGAUGAAGCUCUCAUUAACUCUCAUGUUCUAGCCACGUCUGAGAUCUUUGCAAGCAGGCAUAUAAUAGGUUUGGUCCCUGCUUCUAUGUCAGAACCGCCUCCGUUUAAAUGUCUUCUGAUAAAUAAAGUAGAUGGGAGUUGCAAGACAUUUAAUGAUUCUGAACAGGAGGAUCUUCAAGGGUUUGGAGUAUGUCUGGAUCCUGUUUAUGAUGUUAUUUGGAGGUUUCGACCAAAUACUAGAGAACUGUGGAGUUACAAUGCCGUUGUUGCUGAUUCCAGGCUUCCCUCAGCUCCAGACAUGCAAUCCCGAUGUAGUAUUCUAAGCCCGGAACUUGCACUUCCAACAGGAUCCAAAGCUCUAACCACCAGGUCUCAUGCAGCUUUGCACAUUCUAGGUUGUCUUGAUACAUUGGCUGCUAUGCAGGACUUAAAAAUGGGUGUAGCAAACACAGAGGAGGAGACUCAAGCAGUAAUGAAAGUUUAUUCCAAGGAAGAUUAUAGUGUGGUUAACAGAUUUGAAAGUCAUGGAGGAGGUUGGGGUUAUUCAGCCCAUUCAGUGGAAGCUAUCCGCUUCUAUGCUGAUACUGACAUUUUACUUGGUGGUCUUGGCCUUUUUGGAGGUAGGGGUGAAUACACUGCUAAAAUAAAGUUGUUUGAAUUGGGUCCAGAUGGGGGAGAUCAUGAGACUGAUGGGGACCUUCUUGCUGAAACUGAUGUCUUGGCAUAUGAUUGUGCUGCUAGAGAAAAAUAUGCAAUGAUGUUUGAUGAACCAGUUCUCUUGCAAGCUGGCUGGUGGUAUGUAGCCUGGGCACGAGUGUCAGGCCCUAGCAGUGAUUGUGGAUCUCACGGACAGGCCUCUAUUACAACAGAUGAUGGCGUUGUUUUCCAGUUUAAGAGUUCCAAGAAAUCAAAUAAUGGUACAGAUGUUAAUGCAGGACAGAUCCCUCAGUUACUAUACAGGCUGCCAACAAGUGAUGGCAGUGCAUCAAAAGGAAAACAGCAAACCAGUGAGCCUGUGCAUAUUUUAAAGAGGUCAUUUGCAAGAACUGUCUCAGUGGAAUGCUUUGAGUCAUUGCUGAGCAUUCUUCAUUGGAGUUGGACAACCUUAGUGCUAGGAGUUGAGGAGCUUCGAGGAUUGAAGGGAUUCCAGUAUACAGCUACCCUUCUUGAUCUAGAGCGGUUGCGUUUUGUGGGCACUUGUUGUCUUAGGUUGCUGAGAGUCUACACGUGUGAGAUAUACCCCAUGUCAGCUAGUGCUAAGGCUGUUGUGGAGGAAACUAGCAAGUUAGCAGACUGCAUUGGGAAAACAAGAACCUUGCUGAGAAAAAUUCUAUCUGAAGGAGUUGAUCACUGUAUGGUGAAGCUGGACAAUGACCCCCAAGGAUAUCUCAGUCAGCCCCUGAGUCUUCUAGAAGCUGUUCUUCAAGAAUGUCAUAACACUUUCACAGCCUGCUUUCACUCUUUCUGCCCAACGCCGGCUCUACAAUGGGCUUGCCUCUGUGACUUGCUGAAUUGUUUAGAUCAGGACAUCCAGGAAGCAAACUUCAAAACGUCAAGUAGCCGGCUUCUUGCAGCUGUAAUGUCAGCCCUGUGUCAUACUUCCGUAAAGCUGACCUCUAUCUUUCCUAUCACUUACGAUGGAGAAGUGUUGCUGCGAUCCAUGGUCAAACAAGUCAGCACCGAGAAUGACUCUGCACUGGCCCACCGUUUCCCUCUCUUGGUAGCCCAUAUGGAAAAACUUAGUCAGAAUGAGGAAAAUAUCUCAGGGAUGACAAGCUUUCGAGAAGUGCUAGAAAAAAUGCUGGUUAUUGUUGUGUUACCAGUCAGAAACAGUCUUAGACGAGAAAAUGAACUCUUCUCUUCUCACCUGGUUUCCAAUACCUGUGGACUUCUUGCUAGUAUUGUGAGUGAACUUACAGCUUCUGCACUGGGAUCUGAGGUUGAUGGGCUUAACUCCCUUCAUUCUGUCAAAUCCAGCACAAACCGAUUCACUAAAACAAGUCAGGGAAGAAGUUGGAAUACUGGUAAUGGGUCCCCUGAUGCAAUCUGUUUCUCUGUGGACAAACCUGGUGUAGUUGUUGUAGGGUUUUCUGUUUAUGGAGGAGGAGGAAUUCAUGAAUAUGAGCUGGAGGUGUUAGUUGAUGAUAGUGAUCAUGCUGGAGAUUCGACUCAUUCCCAUAGAUGGACAUCCUUAGAGUUAGUAAAAGGAACAUAUACCACAGAUGAUUCCCCCAGCGACAUAUCUGAAAUUAGACUUGACAAAGUUGUGCCUCUGAAGGAAAAUGUGAAAUAUGCAGUCCGUCUGAGGAACUAUGGAAGCCGCACUGCCAAUGGAGAUGGGGGAAUGACCACAGUCCAGUGUCCAGAUGGUGUGACAUUUACGUUCAGUACAUGUAGUCUGAGCAGUAAUGGCACAAACCAGACACGAGGACAGAUUCCACAGAUUCUUUAUUACAGGAGUGAGUAUGAUGGAGAUCUACAGUCACAGCUUUUAAGUAAAGCUAAUGAAGAAGAUAAAAACUGUAGCAGAGCUAUUUCUGUUGUGAGUGCUGUGGUACGAGCUGCCAAAGACCUGUUACACAGGGCUCUUGCUGUAGAUGCUGAAGACAUUCCAGAAUUGCUCAGCUCUUCCAGUCUGUUUUCAAUGCUGCUUCCCCUUAUAAUAGCCUACAUAGGACCAGUAGCUGCAGCUAUUCCCAAGGUUGCUGUUGAAGUCUUUGGCCUAGUACAGCAGUUACUUCCCUCUGUAGCAGUUUUGAAUCAGAAGUAUGCCCCUCCUUCCUUUAACCCCAAUCAGUCUACAGACAGCACCACAGGAAACCAACCUGAACAAGGGCUCUCAGCUGGUACUACCUCUAAUCACUAUGCUGUCAUAGAAAGUGAACACCCUUAUAAACCAGCUUGUGUUACCCACUAUAAGGUGACUUUCCCAGAAUGCGUCAGGUGGAUGACAAUAGAGUUUGAUGCUCAGUGUGGCACAGCUCAAUCAGAGGAUGUCCUUCGCUUGCUAAUUCCUGUCAGAAUUGUCCAGAACUCAGGAUUUGGACAAAAGCAAACUCCUGUUCAUGAAAAUCUUAAUUCAUGGAUUGAACUAAAGAAAUUUUCAGGCACAUCUGGAUGGCCUACCAUGGUCUUAGUGUUGCCAGGAAAUGAAGCACUCUUUUCACUGGAGACUGCAUCAGACUACGUGAAAGAUGAAAAGGCCUGUUUCUAUGGCUUCAAGUGUUUUGCAAUUGGAUAUGAAUUUAGUCCAGGAUCUGAUGAGGGUAUUAUACAGCUUGAGAAAGAGUUGGCCAAUCUAGGAGGAGCCUGUGCAGCUGCUUUGAUGAAAAAAGAUCUGGCACUUCCCAUUGCUAAUGAAUUUGAAGAAGAUCUUGAGAUUCUUGAAGAGGCUGCAUUGCAGGUGUGUAAAUCUCACUCGGGCAUUCUUGGAAAAGGUUUGGCACUGUCUCACUCACCAACCAUCUUAGAAGCUCUUGAAGGAAAUCUUCCACUUCAGAUGCAAAGCAACGAACAGUCAUUUUUGGAUGAUUUCAUAGUCUGUGUACCAGGGUCUAGUGGUGGACGGCUUGCAAGAUGGCUUCAGCCAGAUUCAUAUGCUGAUCCUCAGAAGACAUCUUUAAUUCUAAACAAGGAUGAUAUAAGAUGUGGUUGGCCAACUAUUAUUACCGUGCAAACAAAAGACCAGUAUGGAGAUAUUGUUCACGUUCCCAGUAUGAAGGUGGAGGUCAAGGCUAUUCCUGUUUCGCAGAAAAAAACAUCUUUGCAACAAGAACAACUGAAAAAGCUCCAACGGAUACCAGGCAGUCCUGCAGCACCCACUUCCUCUGGCACUGAUAUGACUUUUGGAGGACACCCUUCACCAAAACUUGAUGCUUCGUAUGAACCUAUGAUAGUGAAAGAAGCUCGCUACAUUGCUAUUACAAUGAUGAAGGUAUAUGAAAAUUAUUCAUUUGAAGAAUUACGCUUUGCCUCACCAACACCUAAAAGACCCAGUGAAAACAUGUUGAUCCGAGUCAAUAAUGAUGGUACUUACUGUGCAAAUUGGACCCCGGGAGCUGUUGGUCUUUACACCAUUCAUGUUACUAUAGAUGGUAUUGAAAUAGAUGCUGGAUUAGAAGUAAAAGUAAAAGACCCUCCAAAAGGGAUGAUACCACCUGGAACACAGCUUGUCAAACCAAAAGCAGAACCUCAACCAAACAAGGUUCGCAAAUUUGUGACCAAGGACAGUGCAGGGCUUCGUAUCCGUAGCCACCCUUCCCUUCAGAGUGAGCAAAUAGGCAUAGUGAAAGUCAAUGGAGCCAUCACUUUUAUUGACGAGAUCCACAAUGAUGAUGGUGUAUGGCUGAGACUGAAUGAUGAAACAAUAAAGAAGUAUGUUCCUAACAUGAAUGGUUACACUGAAGCCUGGUGCCUCUCUUUUAACCAGCAUCUUGGCAAGAGCCUUCUGGUCCCUGUUGAUAAUGUCUUUAAUGCUAGCCAAGGAGUCAGGGAUUUGGACUUUUUUUCAAGGACUUCUAAAGCUUUUCCCCCCCAGGAGCCUAGGUCUAAUACUGAUGACUUUUUCAAAGACAUAAAUUCACGCUGCACACAGGAAGCAGUGAUGCAAGAGCAAGAUAUGCCAUUCCUUCGAGGUGGACCUGGAGUGUACAAGGUAGUGAAGACUGGCCCUUCAGGUCACAACAUCAGAAGCUGCCCUAACCUUAGAGGUAUCCCAAUUGGAAUGUUAGUUCUGGGAAACAAAGUCAAGGCAGUAGGCGAGGUGACUAAUUCUGAAGGUACAUGGGUGCAAAUGGAUAAGAACAGCAUGGUAGAGUUCUGUGAGAGUGAUGAAGGCGAGGCAUGGUCCUUAGCUAGAGACAGAGGUGGAAACCAGUAUCUGCGGCACGAAGAUGAGCAAGUUCUGCUAGAUCAAAAUGCUCAGACUCCUCCUCCAAGCCCUUUUUCAAUACAAGCUUUCAAUAAGGGGUCUGCUUGUAGCAAUGGACAAGGAUUUGAUUAUGGCCUUGCAAAUAACAAAGGUGACAGAGUGAAUUUCACAGCAGCUGCUAGACCAGUUUCUCCAGCAGGAAAAUCAGACCUAUCAAAACACAGGGCUGAGAGCAAGUCACCCAAACCUGAUGGACGUGUGAUCAGAACUGUUGCUGACCAGAAAAAACCAAGGAACACAGAAGGCUUAUCUGCCAGUGAGUCUCUUAUGUUGAAAUCAGAUGCUGCAAAGUUGAGGUCAGAUUCUCAUAGCAGAUCAUUAUCUCCAAACCAUAACACUUUGCAGACACUCAAAUCUGAUGGGAGGACAACUUCUGGUCUAAGACCUGAAUCUCCAGGCCCCGGAACACGGUCUUCCUCACCAAAGCCAAAGCCACUCACAGCAGGAAGAUCCAGCACUUCUGUUGCUAGUUCACCGCGAUCAUCAUCUCCGCAUGAUAAGACUCUACCUCAAAAAGCCUCAGUUCCUGUAAAAACAAAGCUUGAUCCUCCUCGGGAACGAUCCAAAUCAGAUUCUUACACAUUAGAUCCAGACACACUUCGCAAAAAGAAAGUACCGCUAACAGAGCCAUUAAGGGGACGGUCCACUUCACCCAAACCAAAAAUUCUAUCAAAAGAUGCAAAACCUGUGACUGAAACUGAAAAUAGAGCUCCUUCCCCUCACGUUGUACAAGAAAACCUUCACAGUGAAGUUGUUGAAGUUUGCACUUCAAGUACUUUAAAGACUAAUAGCAUUACAGAUAGCACAUGUGAUGAUAACACAGAAUUCAAAGUUGUGGAUGAUAGUUCUAAUAAAAUUCAUUUUAGCAUAGGAAAAGCACCACUGAAAGAUGAGCAAGAUAUGAGAGCUUCUCCAAAAGUGAGCCGUAAGUGUGCCAGUAGGCACACAAGACCCAAAAAGGAAAAAUCUGGCUUACUUUUCAAAGGAGAUGGAUCCAAAUCUGUAGAGCCAGCCAAGCAAGCAAUGUCACCAUCUGUUGCAGAAUGUGCCAGAGCUGUCUUUGCUUCUUUCCUGUGGCAUGAAGGAAUAGUCCAUGAUGCUAUGGCUUGUUCAUCUUUUUUGAAGUUUAAUCCGGAGCUUACCAAAGAGCAUGCACCAAUAAGAAACAGUCUUAAUCAUCAACCUAUAGAGGAAAAAGAAAUCAAGUUGAAAAAUAGACACUCAUUGGAAAUAUCAUCUGCUCUUAAUAUGUUUAACAUUGCACCUCAUGGUCCAGACAUAUCUAAAAUGGGCAGCAUCAACAAAAACAAGGUCCUGUCUAUGCUUAAAGAACCACCUCUGCAUGAGAAAUGCGAGGAUGGAAAAACUGAAAUUACCUCUUUUGAAACAACCAGUCAUUAUACUAUGAAAUCUAAAUCUCCUCUUCCCUUAACACUGCAGCAUUUGGUAGCUUUCUGGGAAGAUAUUUCUUUAGCAACUAUCAAAGCAGCAUCCCAGAAUAUGAUUUUCCCAAGCCCUGGUUCCUGUGCAGUAUUAAAGAAGAAAGAAAGUGACAAAGAUAACAAGAAAACCAAAAAGGAGAAAAAGAAAAAAGAAAAGGCUGAGGCUAGGCCAAGGGGAAAUCUUUUUGGUGAGAUGGCCCAACUUGCAGUGGGAGGACCUGAGAAAGAUACCAUCUGUGAGCUAUGUGGAGAAUCCCAUCCAUAUCCAGUGACUUACCACAUGAGACAAGCUCAUCCGGGUUGUGGCCGGUAUGCAGGUGGUCAAGGUUAUAAUAGCAUUGGACACUUCUGCGGAGGAUGGGCUGGUAAUUGUGGUGAUGGUGGUAUAGGAGGAAGCACUUGGUAUCUGGUUUGUGAUCGAUGCAGAGAAAAAUACCUCCGUGAAAAGCAAGCAGCAGCAAGAGAGAAGGUUAAACAAUACAGGAGAAAGCCAAUGCAAGUUAAGACUCCUCGUGCCUUGCCAACUAUGGAAGCUCAUCAAGUGAUUAAAGCCAAUGCUCUGUUCUUGCUGUCCCUGAGCAGUGCUGCUGAGCCCAGUAUUUUGUGCUAUCAUCCUGCAAAACCAUUCCAGUCUCAGCUUCCCAGUGUUAAAGAAGGAAUUUCUGAGGACUUUCCCAUUAAAAUGUCGUGCCUCUAUCUGCAAACUUUAGCAAGGCAUCAUCAUGAAAACUUUGUUAGCUAUCAGGAUGACAACCUCUUCCAAGAUGAGAUGAGAUACCUGCGUUCAACUUCAGUACCUGCACCAUACAUAUCAGUCACUCCUGAUGCAUGUCCUAAUGUCUUUGAGGAACCAGAGAGUAACAUGAAAUCCAUGCCACCAAGUUUGGAGACCAGUCCAAUAACAGAUACAGACCUGGCAAAGCGCACAGUUUUUCAAAGAUCAUACUCAGUUGUUGCAUCAGAAUAUGACAAACAGCACUCGAUUUUACCUGCACGCGUUAAGGCCAUUCCCAGAAGAAGAGUCAACAGUGGUGACGCAGAAGUGGGAUCAUCUCUCCUGAGACAUCCAUCUCCUGAACUUUCUCGGUUAAUCUCCGCCCACAGCUCUCUUUCUAAAGGAGAGAGAAAUUUCCAGUGGCCAGUUCUGGCAUUUGUAAUCCAGCACCAUGAUCUGGAAGGACUUGAAAUAGCAAUGAAACAAGCCUUACGGAAAUCUGCUUGCCGAGUCUUUGCUAUGGAGGCUUUUAAUUGGCUUCUCUGUAAUGUCAUUCAAACAACUUCUCUUCAUGAUAUUUUAUGGCAUUUUGUGGCUUCGCUGACUCCUGCCCCUAUGGAACCUGAAGAAGAUGAGGAUGAGGAGAACAAAGCGAAUAAAGAAAAUGCAGAGCAAGAGAAAGACACAAGAGUAUGUGAACAUCCACUGUCAGAUAUAGUGAUUGCUGGUGAAGCAGCUCAUCCAUUGCCCCACACUUUCCAUCGUUUGCUGCAGACCAUCUCUGAUCUUAUGAUGUCUCUCCCCAGCGGUAGUUCAUUGCAACAAAUGGCCCUAAGAUGUUGGAGCCUCAAAUUCAAACAGUCUGACCACCAGUUCCUGCAUCAGAGCAAUGUCUUUCACCAUAUUAACAACAUUUUGUCCAAAUCUGAUGAUGGAGAUAGUGAGGAGAGCUUUAGUAUCAGUAUACAGUCUGGCUUUGAAGCUAUGAGUCAGGAAUUGUGUAUAGUAAUUUGCCUAAAAGAUCUAACCAGCGUUGUUGACAUCAAAACAUCAAGCAGACCAGCCAUGAUUGGCAGUUUGACAGAUGGGUCCACAGAAACCUUCUGGGAGUCAGGAGAUGAAGAUAAAAAUAAAACUAAGAACAUCACAAUUAAUUGUGUAAAAGGAAUCAAUGCUCGUUAUGUGUCUGUUCAUGUAGACAACUCCCGAGAUCUUGGGAACAAAGUGACUUCAAUUACUUUCUUGACUGGUAAGGCAGUAGAAGAUCUUUGCAGAAUAAAGCAGGUUGAUUUGGAUUCAAGACACAUUGGCUGGGUAACAAGUGAACUUCCUGGUGGAGAUAAUUACAUCAUCAAAAUUGAAUUGAAGGGCCCAGAGAACACGCUAAGAGUUCGACAAGUGAAAGUACUGGGAUGGAAAGAUGGUGAAAGCAUUAAAAUUGCAGGCCAGAUCUCAGCAAGUGUAGCUCAGCAAAGAAACUGUGAAGCUGAGACACUGCGAGUAUUCCGCCUUAUUACAUCCCAGGUAUUUGGAAAACUCAUCUGUGGAGAUGCUGAGCCAACCCCAGAACAAGAAGAAAAAACACUGUUGUCUUCCCCGGAAGGAGAAGAAAAAGUACACAAUGCAACUUCAGAUGCAGAUCUGAAAGAGCACAUGGUUGGAAUCAUAUUCAGCAGGAGCAAACUAACAAAUUUACAAAAACAGGUAUGUGCUCAUAUAGUCCAGGCCAUCCGAAUGGAAGCAACCCGUGUACGUGAGGAAUGGGAGCAUGCAAUCUCUAGCAAGGAGAAUGCCAACUCACAGCCUAAUGAUGAAGAUGCAUCUUCUGAUGCUUAUUGCUUUGAGCUGCUGUCCAUGGUUCUGGCACUGAGUGGUUCCAAUGUAGGUCGUCAGUAUCUGGCUCAGCAGCUGACUCUACUCCAGGAUCUCUUCUCACUACUGCAUACUGCCUCUCCCAGGGUACAGAGACAGGUCACAUCAUUAUUAAGACGUGUUUUGCCAGAGGUGACCCCUAGUCGCUUGGCUAGUAUCAUAGGAGUGAAGUCUCUGCCCCCAGCAGACAUAAGUGAUAUUAUUCACUCAACGGAAAAAGGAGAUUGGAAUAAACUGGGUAUCUUGGACAUGUUCCUGGGGUGCAUUGCCAAAGCACUCACUGUACAGCUAAAAGCCAAAGGAACCGCUAUAACUGGAACUGCUGGCACUGCUGCAGGGAAAGGAGUUACUACAGUUACACUUCCAAUGAUUUUCAAUUCCAGCUAUAUUCGCCGAGGUGAAAGCCAUUGGUGGAUGAAGGGCUCAACUCCUACACAGAUUUCAGAAAUCAUUAUUAAGCUGAUUAAGGACAUGGCAGCAGGUCACCUGUCCGAAGCUUGGUCCCGUGUGACAAAAAAUGCUAUUGCUGAAACCAUCAUUGCUCUAACCAAAAUGGAAGAUGAAUACAGAUCACCAGUGCGAUGCAUUGCAACAACCAGGCUCUGGUUAGCCCUAGCAUCCCUGUGCGUGCUUGAUCAGGACCAUGUAGAUAGACUGUCUUCUGGAAGAUGGAUGGGAAAGGAUGGGCAGCAAAAACAGAUGCCAAUGUGCGAUAACCAUGAUGAUGGUGAAACGGCUGCAAUCAUUUUAUGUAAUGCCUGUGGGAAUUUGUGUACAGACUGUGACAGAUUCCUUCAUCUCCAUCGGCGAACGAAAACUCAUCAGAGACAGGUAUUUAAAGAAGAGGAAGAAGCUAUCAAAGUUGAUCUUCAUGAAGGCUGUGGUAGGACCAAACUUUUCUGGCUCAUGGCUCUAGCAGACUCUAAAACUAUGAAGGCUAUGGUGGAGUUUAGAGAACAAACAGGCAAACCAACCACCAGCAGUUCUGAAGCAUGUCGUUUCUGUGGUUGUAGGAGUGGAACAGAGUUAUCAGCAGUAGGCAGUGUCUGUUCUGAUGCAGAUUGCCAGGAGUAUGCUAAGAUAGCUUGUAGCAAGACUCAUCCUUGUGGUCAUCCAUGUGGAGGUGUUAAGAAUGAAGAGCACUGUUUGCCAUGCCUGCAUGGUUGUGAUAAGAGCACCACAGCUCUUAAACAAGAUGCUGAUGACAUGUGCAUGAUUUGUUUUACUGAAGCACUUUCAGCAGCACCAGCUAUCCAGUUGGACUGCAGUCAUGUAUUCCACUUGCAGUGCUGUCGUCGAGUACUAGAAAACAGAUGGCUUGGGCCCAGGAUAACUUUUGGGUUUAUGUCUUGUCCUAUUUGCAAGAACAAAAUUAAUCAUACGGUAUUAAAGGACUUGCUUGAUCCAAUCAAAGAACUCUAUGAAGACGUGAAGAGGAAAGCUCUAAUGAGGUUGGAGUAUGAAGGAUUGCACAAGAGUGAGGCCAUCACAACACCUGGCGUUAGAUUUUAUAAUGACCCAGCUAGCUAUGCCAUGAACAGAUAUGCUUAUUAUGUUUGCUACAAAUGCAAAAAGGCAUAUUUUGGUGGUGAAGCUCGUUGUGAUGCUGAGGCUGGACAAGGAGAUGAUUAUGAUCCAAGAGAGCUCAUUUGUGGUGCAUGCUCUGAUGUUUCAAGGGCACAGAUGUGUCCCAAACAUGGUACAGAUUUCUUGGAGUACAAAUGUCGGUACUGCUGCUCAGUAGCUGUGUUUUUCUGCUUUGGGACAACACAUUUUUGCAAUGCUUGCCAUGAUGAUUUCCAAAGAAUGACAAGCAUCAGUAAAGAAGAACUUCCACAUUGUCCUGCAGGUCCAAAAGGCAAACAACUUGAAGGAACAGAGUGUCCACUUCAUGUUGUCCAUCCACCCACUGGUGAGGAAUUUGCUCUGGGAUGUGGGGUUUGCAGAAAUGCACACACUUUUUAGACUAGUAAUUUUUUUACCAGAGCAAAACAGUUGUCCUCAUCCCACAAGUGUCCUAAACAGAAUAUAAAGUCCAGUCAGGAUGAGGAUGGGACCAUUUCAUAACCCAGCUAAAAGGAACAAUUUACAGUGCAAGAAGGAUGCCAAAUACCAUUUACCAUGCUGUGAGAAAUUGACAUUUUUUUGAACUAAGACAUCAAAAAUUGUGAGAUGUUUGCAUGUGGCCAUUACAGUCAUCGGCUAUGAAGCAUUGGACAUUUACAAAUAAAUAAUUGCUAUUAAAGGAUCUCUGUGUCUGUGGACUAUGAAUGAUGCUGGUUUUCAGACGAAGAAAGAAAAAACGGAUUAUUGUAUACUGACUUUUUGUAAUCCUGUACAAUUGUAACUGCAUCAUGGGUGGGGGUGGGAAAGAGGAGUAUUCUCGUUUAUUUCCUAGACUGUUACAAAAAAAAAUUGUGUUAGGAAGGCAUAAAUGUAACAAGUAUCACGCUGUAUAUAAAGAAUAUCAAUGUUUGUCCUGUAUAAGAAUUACUAAAUUACAACAGCAGUUUCAUUUAAACUUCUGGGUUAUGUUUGAGCCUGAAAUUUUAAUGAAGUGCAAUACUGAGUGUGCCUCAUAUCUUGCAGCUGUAAACAUAAUGGAAUGUACAUGUCAAUAAAACCACUGUACAUUUUUAUACAGUGAAAGUCUAAUGAAUGUGUAAGACUUUAUUUUAGAAUGGCUCAAAACCAAAUCAUUUCAUUUCACAAAUAAAAUGUAUUCAUU